AAAAAUAUUAUUAAUUAAACUCCGCAAUUUAUUUUACUAUGUUUUUCAUCUUUACUUUUUGUUUACUAACAUUGGUUUUGCGGCUAAAUAAAUGUACGCGCACUCUCACAUGUCCAUAUUUUUUUUCUACAUUAAUGCCGCUUGCUGUAGAUUAUCUGCACCCCUCUCCACAGGAGGAAAAGAGGAAGCACAAGUUAAAAAGAUUGGUUCAAAAGCCCAAUAGCUAUUUCAUGGAUGUAAAAUGCCCAGGAUGCUAUGCUAUUAAGACAAUUUUUUCACACGCUCAACGACCAGUUGAGUGCGAUGGCUGCCGCACAAUUUUGUGCACACCCACCGGUGGCAAGGCUCGUUUAACCGAAGGAUGCUCCUUCAGAAGAAAAGUUCAGUGCUAAAUUUCUAAAGAGUUGUCUCUUUAAUUGAAACACCGCCUAGAUUAAAAAAAGCAUUUUUAUAAAAUUUGAAGGACAUUUUAUUUAAACUUGAUAUAUUAUAAUAAAUAUUUAUUGAAACUUA